AUGGGUAUAACCAGCUACUUCAAAGCUGGCAAGAAACCCGACGCCGCCGCCGCUCCCGAAACACAAACCGACAGCGGCGUUUGGCGGCCAAACCGUAGCCAGCAGCCCUCGGCUCUUUCUGAGAAACCUCCUUCGUUUCCGACCAAUGGCAACGACAUGGAACUGCAACCGCCCACGCCUCGAUUCCAGUCGAGGCCUGGGUCGAUAUCUGGCCGGUCGACGCCAUCCAUUGCUGGAAGCUCCAUGUUCCUUGACGACAUCAAGCAUGAGGUCAUGGUCAACUACCUGUACCAACAACAGUGUUCUCAACUUUGGGUCAGUGACGGCUCCGGUGAAGUGGAGGGUGUUCUCCUCCGUAAAGUCCGGGGCCACUACAUGGCAUGCCCCCCUCAGCUGGGCAACUCCCCCUUUGCCAUGGCCUGCGCGGCAAUGAACGUGCAGUGCGCCAUGACGGUCAACUCUCGCGUCAUCAAGACGUUCCUCCAGUGGUCGCCGGACGCAGUCGAUGUGCCUCUGAUGAACGGGUUGCGGGUCCAGAUCCUGCCCACCAUCGAGGAUCUCCCGAGGGCGAGAAAACACCAGUUCGCCGCCUUCGUCGCGUCCGAGGGUCUGCUGAUCGUGUGGGACGACGACCCCAUGCACCUCCUUCAGCGUGCCAAGCUCAUUGAGUCGGAGCUCAUGGAGCUUGUGUGGAAGGCCGGCAACACGGAUGACGAAGAGGACGAGAAAAGGGGCCCCGGCGCGGUGGAGGCCGAGAUUGACGAGGAGAGCGGCGAGAUCAAGCCGGAGAAGCGACCGGUCCACCUCCAGAACACCGUGCUGGUGUCUCUGACGCUCGUUCUCGUCACCGUUUCCCUGGGUGCCGCUUGGCGCGAGCUGGCCAUUGAAGUGUCCGUCGACGGCAACUUCACCAGGCUGGCGCUCGUUUCCCUCUUCCCCGUCCAGGUCUUCUUCACCCUCUUCUUCGCGCAGGUCAUUGUCGGCUGCCUGGCGCAGAUUUUCGGCCCGAUUCGCCAGCUCACCAUCAACUCCAAGUUCUACUCGGCGAGGCCGCCUCCCCGCCUGCAACGCUCCGUGCUCCCCCACAUCACCAUCCAGUGCCCCGUCUACAAGGAAGGCCUGCAGGGCGUCAUCAUCCCCACCGUCAAGUCCAUCAAGCAAGCCAUGUCCACGUACGAGCUCCAGGGUGGUUCGGCCAACAUGUUCGUUAACGACGACGGCCUGCAGCUCGUCUCGGAAGAGGAUCGUCGGGCCCGCAUCGAGUUCUACGCCGACAACAGCAUCGGCUGGGUGGCUCGUCCCAAGCACGGCGAGAACGGGUUCACGAGAAAGGGCAAGUUCAAGAAGGCUUCCAACAUGAACUUUGCCCUCAUGAUCUCGUGCAGGGUCGAGGAGAAGCUGCAAGCCAUCGCCAGGCACCCCGAGUGGAGCCAGCAUGACGAGGCGCAGGCGUACGAGCAGGCUCUCAAGGAGGUGCUCGAGGAGGACGGCCGCGCCUGGGCCGACGGCAACAUUCGCGUGGGCGACUACAUCCUCCUGAUCGACUCGGACACGCGCGUUCCUGCCGACUGCUUCCUCGACGCCGUGUCCGAGAUGGAGCAGUCGCCCGACGUGGGCAUCAUGCAGUUCUCCUCGGGCGUCAUGCAGGUCGUCCACACCUACUUUGAGAACGGCAUCACCUUCUUCACCAAUCUCAUCUACUCGGCCAUCCGAUACACCGUCUCCAACGGGGACGUCGCUCCGUUUGUGGGUCACAACGCCAUCCUUCGCUGGUCCGCCAUCCAGCAAGUGUCUUACCAGGACGAGGACGGAUACGACAAGUUCUGGUCCGAGAGCCACGUGUCCGAAGACUUUGACAUGUCGCUUCGUCUGCAGUGCAGCGGCUACAUCAUCCGGCUGGCCGCAUGGGCCGGCGAAGGGUUCAAGGAGGGCGUGUCCCUGACCGUGUACGACGAGCUCGCGCGGUGGGAGAAGUACGCCUACGGCUGCAACGAACUUCUCUUCCACCCCGUCCGCACCUGGCUCUGGCGCGGCCCGUUCACCCCGCUGUUCCGCCGGUUCCUCUUCUCCAACAUCCGGUUCACCUCCAAGGUGACGGUCAUUUCCUACAUCGGGACGUACUACGCCAUUGGGGCGGCCUGGAUCAUGACGGCCGCCAACUACUUCUUGAUGGGCUGGUUCAACGGAUACCUGGACAAGUACUAUGUCGACUCGUGGAAGGUUUGGUUCUCCAUCAUCCUGGUUUUCAACGGUCUCGGGAACAUUGCGCUUGCGGUGAUGCGGUACCGUGUCGGGGAGCGCAGCCUCCUGCACGCGCUCUUUGAAAACUUCAAGUGGACCAUCAUGUUGGCCAUCUUCCUGGGCGGCCUGUCUCUGCACGUCAGCCAGGCUCUGCUGGCUCACAUGUUUGAGGUUGACAUGACCUGGGGCGCGACGAGCAAGGAAGCCGAGUUUUCAAACUUUUUCAUUGAAGUGCCCAAGGUUUUGAAGAAGUUCAAAUUCUCCAUUCUAUUCGCGCUCGUCUCCAUUGCCGGCAUCGUCAUCCUGGCCGUUGCUCCAUUCGUUCCCUACGACUGGCGUAUCACCGACUUUGUGGCGAUACUUCCGAUGGCCACCGUCGCUGCCAGCCACUUCCUCCUCCCGUUAGCGUUGAACCCUGCUCUGAUGACAUUUUCAUGGUAA